AUGGACUAUCUCACACAAUUGCAAGGGAGAGUGAAAGAGUAUCUCUUCGAUGAAUUACCACUCGAGAACUCUCCGAGUAUCGAGAGGGACUUUCGUGCAACAACCGUGUGUCCCUUCUGUCACAAGAAACUGGAUAACGACAAAGUACGACAUCAUGCACAUGUGACAGCAGGGCAGUACAUCUGCACCUGUUGUACCAAAUGCAAUCUCCAACUCUCCUUCAACAAGAAGAACUAUCGUUUACCCGUAUACUUCCACAAUGGAUCGCACUACGACUUCACAUUCAUCAUGAAACUCAUCGCAGCUCAUUCAACCUCUAGUGACUCCUUGGAAGUCAUUCCAACCACUGAGGACAAGGAGAUGCAGAUCGAAUACAAUGGCAUACAAUUCAAGGACUCGUUGAAGCUCAUCAGCAGUCCUCUCAGAUCCAUCGUCGCACAGACACUCGGAGGGAACCUCGAUUUGUACGUGCACACCAAACAACAACUACGCAAGUACUGUGAAUCACGAGGUAAGCAAUGGAAUGACGAGUACAUCGAUCUGUUGACACGGAAGGAACCCAUGUUUUACAGUCUCAUCAAAUCGUACGACACAUUGAACAAUACCACCAUUCCUUCUCGUGAACAAUGCAUUGAUGAUAUGAAGGGAGAAAUGAUGCCCCAAGGCGAAUAUGAUCACAUGGUGAAACUGUGGAAGAUCUUCGAUAUCAAGACAUGGGGUGAGUACUACGAGUUGUACAAUGUACUCGAUGUAACUCUCAUGGCUGAUGCAUUCGAGCACUUCCGAGUUACCACACUGAAGGCAUUCGGUGUUGAUCCGAUGCACUACAUCACAGCACCACAAAUGGCCUAUUCGCUCUUCUUAAAGAGUAGCCUCAUGACCCUCGCAAGGAAAUGGGCUCAGUACAUCAUGCGCAUCAACGCGAAUGAGGGACUUGAGGAGAAACAACUCGUGAAAGUGUUCUUGAAUCGCAUGAGUGAAUUCUAUGAGAGCAAGGGAAUUCGAUUGAUGGAGACAAAUGAGAUCGAUGACUUCAUGCGUCUACUCAAAAACCUUCGAGGAGGCAUCACACAGAUCGUGAAAAGGCAUGCCAAGGUUGACAUUGGGGGAAGCGUUGCUUCCCCGGGCAACGAAGUUGCCCCCAUUGACAACAAGGAGCAAGCAACGUCGUCCCAAGGCAUCUACUACCUGGACGCCAACAACCUGUAUGGUGGAGCCAUGCAUCGAAUGAUGCCUUACGAGAUCAACCGUGAUCCGAAUGAAUGGGUGCAAUCACUCAAUACGUUCGGCAAGUAUGGGUUCUUCAUCGAGUGCGACAUCGAGGCACCAGUGGAACUCCAUGAUAAAUUCAAUGACUUGCCAUUCUUCCCCGUACAGAAGGCGGGCAUGUACUCCGAUGGAAUCAAGAAGUACGCAGCGAAGAACGAUAUUGUGGACAAGGUCAAAGAGGUGAAUACACCGAAACUCAUUUGUGAUCUUGUACCUCGACGCAAAUAUCUCGUACACUACUCUCUGUUGCAAUUGGGUCUUCAACAGGGUUAUCACGUCACGCACAUCCACCGCAUCAUCCGUUUCAAACAAGCACCCUUCAUCUUCGAAUACGUCAAUAUGCUGAGUGAGAAACGAGCCAAGUCCAAGACCACUGUGGAGAAGAACCUGUACAAGCUGUUGGCAAACUCGACCUAUGGCAAAUUCGUGGAGACUGGACUGAAACGAAUGAAGGUGAAGUUCGCUAGCACGUGGAAUGAACGUGAGGCUAUCAUUCAGAAGCACGGAUAUGAUAUGAUCGCAGGAACCACCAUGUAUUCCGAGAAUCUGAUCGGUAUCAAGCUGAACACACCGGUGCGCAGGGUGGAGAAGCCGUUCUUCAUCGGGUUCGCCAUUCUCGACAUGUCCAAACACAUCAUCUACGAUUUCUACUACAACGUGCUCAAGAACACAUUCGACACCGUGGAGUUGUUGGGACAGGACACGGAUUCGCUCAUCGUGCAACUGCACGAUCGCGCUAACAUCGUUCACAAGAUGUGUGACAUGUACAAAUCAUUCGACUUCUCGGAAUUGGAUAAUACGAGCUACUUCUACGGACAACUCGUGAACUACUACGAGCAUGAAGUGGACAAGAGAAAGUUCCCUUCAUUGGAAUCAUUCCUCAAUUUCAACAAGAAGUUGCCGGGACCCAUAUUCAAGGAUGAGCAUAACGGGCAUCGCAUCACUGAAUUCGUGGGACUUAGACCAAAGAUGUACUGUUUGAUUGACGAGAAGCAUGUAGUGCAUAACGCAGCGAAGGGAGUUCCUCGCAACGUCGUGAUCGAUGGAGAGAGGAUGAGUGUGAAGAACAUCGAACUGUACAAGCGCGUCCUCGAGGCAGAGAAGAAGGAAGAUGCAGUGAUCGAAGGCAGUUUCAAGCGUAUCAACAACCAGGCCUUCAACAUCAGCACGAAGGAGCAGACCAAGACACUUAUGACUUGCACAGACAACAAACGUUGGAUCUUGGACGACAAUGUGCACACACUGGCAUUCGGGCAUUAUAAACUGAAGUAA